UCUAGGCCUUAUUGCUCUUGGUCUGAGCAGGCUAGGGGGGUCUCCUGUGACUGUUCAUGGCGUUCCCUAUCAAGGCAGUGAUUGUUCCCGGGAACGGAGGCGGGGAUGUAGCCACCCAAGGCUGGUACGGCUGGGUGAGAAAGGGGCUAGAGCAGAUUGCUGGUUUCCAGUGUUUGGCUAAAAAUAUGCCUGAUCCAAUUACAGCCCGAGAGAGCAUCUGGCUGCCCUUCAUGGAGACAGAGCUGCAGUGUGAUGAGAAGACCAUCAUCAUAGGCCACAGCUCCGGGGCCAUUGCAGCCAUGAGGUAUGCAGAGACACAUCAGGUAUACGGUCUUGUAUUGGUGUCUGCAUACACAUCGGACUUGGGAGAUGAAAACGAGCGUGCCAGUGGGUACUUUAGCCGCCCCUGGCAGUGGGAGAAGAUUAAAGCCAACUGCCCUCACAUUGUACAGUUUGGUUCCACUGAUGACCCUUUCCUCCCCUGGAAGGAACAAGCAGAAGUGGCAGAUGGGCUGAAUGCCAAAUUGUACAAAUUCACCAACCGUGGUCACUUUCAGAACACAGAAUUUCAUGAACUGAUUAGUGUGGUGAAGUCUAUGCUGAAAGUACCAGAAUAGUCAGGAUGACUCCUGCUCUGUAGCAUGCCAGGAUGGGGUGGUAUCUAUUACCACACAGUACUAGACAUGAAAUAUCCAGUUAAGCUGCAGAAGUGCCUGAAAAACAUUCACUACAUUUUCAGUCCCCAUAGAACUUAAAUCUUCUUGAAAAGCUCUAGCUAUGGCAAUACUUUCCUGUUUGAUGGGGGACACAGAGCGAGUUUGUUUAGCCAUCCUGUUGAUCCAGAGAGUAAGCCAGCGGUAGAACCAGCAUAGAGCUGUAUCCCUGUAAUUCCAGCACUUCAGAGAAAGCAGGGACCAGGAGGUGAAUGCUAGCCUGACCCUGCCUCCGAAAAGAAACAGCAAGUAGACCCUGGCUGCUAUCUUGAAUCUCAUUCCAAAUUAUAACUCAGUAACUCUUGCAAGGUGUGACCUGAGACCACAGGACUUGGAAAGCUGAAGAAGGUGGAUCUUGAAUUUGAGGACUACCUAGGCUAAAUAUUUAGCAAAACUCUAUCUCAAAAACAAAACAAACAAAAAUAGCUGGACGUUGGUGGUGCAUGCCUUUAGUCUCAGCACUCAGGAGGCAGAGGCAGGUGCAUCUCUGUGAGUUCAAGGCCAGCUUGGUCUACAGAGCUAGUUCCAGGACAGGCUCCUCCAAAGCUACACAGAGAAACCCUGUCUCAAAAAAAAAAAAAAAAAAAAAAAAAAAAAAGAAACCGGUUUAUAUAUGAGUGACACGUUUUCCUAUCUGAAAUAAGUUUUCUCUUACUGGAAGAAAACAUGAUUAAAGUUUCCAUAUGUUCUUAGAACUCCAGCUGCUGUUUCAAGCUGGCUCAAGAUAGUAAGCUCAAACUUGGGUCUUCAUCAUUGAAAUCCCUGACCCCACCUCAGUCUCCAGGUCCUUCUGACAGGUUGAGAGACCAACAUAUAAGGAUGCUGAGUCAGGAAGCUACAGGGGACAGAUAUCUGCAUAGCCUGCCACCUGUAUACUAACUUCAGUAAGACUAACAGUAAAUGUAUGCCUUUUUUAAGCUGGGGAAUAUAUAUGUAUGUGUAUACAAUCCCUACAUGAGUUGAGGUAGAUAGAAACACUAUAAUUAAAAGAUUUGCAAAAGCUACAAGACAAAGACCAGGUCAUCCAUUUGUGAGUUCCAUCAUAAACAUUUUAGAUUCCCUACAAAGUACAGGUAGUAGUAAUGCACACCUUUAAUCCCAGCACUUGGGAGGCAGAGAUAAAUGGAUCUCUAUGAGCUUGAGGCCAGCCUGGUCCACAGAGCACGUUCUAGGACAGCCAGGACUACACAGAGAAACCUUGUCUCAAAAAAGGAAGAAAAAAAAAAAAAGGAAAGCCUAAGAUUACCAAAAGAUAAUGCUAAAGGGUGGAAAACAAGGGAGCAAUUUGUACUGUUAAGUUUUAAGUAUCUUCAAAAAGAA